AUGGAUGCCAAUAUACCGACCGAACCUCCUUCCCGCUCCUUGAAAGGCAAAGUAGCCAUCGUGACAGGUGCAGGCUGCCUGGGAGAAGGAAUAGGCAAUGGCCGCGCAAUAUCGAUCCUGUUAGCCAACGAUGGCUGUGAUGUGGUCUGCGUCGAUCUAAACGUGGAAUGGGCGAACAGAACCGUCGAGAUGAUUACCUCCCAACCUAGCCGUGGACGCGCGAUUUGUUUCCGGGCAGAUGUCACAUGUGAAAAGGAUUGUGAAGCAGCAGUGAGACUCGCAGUUGAGAGGUUUGGUCGCCUUGAUAUCCUGGUCAAUAAUGUCGGGAUCGGUGGCGCGGCGGGAACGGCUGUCGAUGUGGACAUGGGAGAGUGGGCUAAGAGCAUGGAGAUCAAUGUGGGAAGUAUGGUCAAAAUGAGCAAGUAUGCUAUACCAAAGAUGACACAGAAUGAGGGUGAAACCAAAGGAAGUAUUGUGAAUAUGGGCAGUGUUGCUGGACUGAAAGGUGGCACGCCGCAUCUGUUAUAUCCCACCGCGAAGGGAGCAGUGGUGAACCUGACACGUGCGAUGGCUGCGCAUCAUGCUACAGAGGGCAUAAGGGUCAAUUGUGUCUGUCCAGGUAUGCUUUACACGCCCAUGAUGUAUGGGAAUGGUAUGAGUGAGGAGGCUCGAGAGGCUCGACGGAAGCGUAGCCUGUUGGGCACAGAAGGAAAUGGGUGGGAUUGUGCUGGAGCAGUGGUGUUCCUUGCAGGUCCUCAUGCUCGAUGGAUGACAGGAGUGAUUCUUCCUGUUGAUGCUGGGACAACGGCAGCAGUUGGGAUUGGAAUGACCAAGAGUGCCAGUGUCAACGCAUGA